UGGCGGGGCCCGUGGUUGAAUCUCAGAUUCAAGAUGGCGGCUUCCGACUUCCCCUGCAGCGUCGCGCGUGGCCACAGAGGUCACGCCCACUUCCGGCUCCGCGACCUCACUAUGGCUGCUUUAGGUACUCUGCUUUUGGGUGUCCGGAGGCUGCACAGCAGCGUGGCGGCUCGGGCGGGCAGCCAGUGGCGACUCCAGCAGGGCCUGGCUGCCAACCCCUCCGGCUACGGGCCCCUUACGGAGCUCCCAGACUGGUCUUACGCGGAUGGCCGCCCCGCACCUCCAAUGAAAGGCCAGCUUCGAAGAAAAGCCCAAAGGGAGAAGUUUGCAAGACGAGUUGUACUGCUGUCACAGGAAAUGGAUGCUGGAUUACAGGCAUGGCAGCUUAGGCAGCAGGAGAAGUUGCAGGAAGAAGAAAGGAAGCAGAAAAAUGCUCUUAAACCCAAAGGGGCUCUACUGCAGAACCCACGACCAAGUCAAUAAAAAGCAGUUCCUGUCUCCCUUGCCGAGCCUCUCUCUCUCUGGCUUUCCUCCCUGUCACCUACAUGCCUCAUCCCGGCCAGAAGAGAGUCUCCACGUCCCCAUCUGUCUUCAGAGCACAAGAGCUUGGACACUAGGAAGAACUGCCUGUAAGAUCACUGCCUGGAAGAGUUGGCUCAAUGCCCUCAUCCCUGGCUCCGUUCCAGUUCCGUGGAGUCUGGCUCUGGGAUACUUACCCUCUUUGCAGGCCAUAGGACUGGCCCAGCUAUGAACAGUAGCUGCUCUGCGAACAUGAAAAAGGGGCAGCAGCUCCCCUGGUCUUAGCCAGGCACUCAGGCCUUUAACGGCCAUACACACCUCAGGCCGCCUGCAGUUACUCAUUUAAUAAAUGUUUUGAUGAAAAAGGC